AUGGGCCAUGAAGCCCCCCGCGACGACUUGGACCCGGCCCUCGCCUUGGGCCCCUUCUUCCUCGGCUUCUGCCUCGAGUCCUUCGGCAUGGGCGUCGUCCUCGUCCUCUCCCUCAACUACCUCAUCGCCAUCCGCACCCGCCCCAGAGCCCCCGCCGACUCGGACCUCAAGUGCUCCGCCUGCCUCCUCUCCUUCUGUCUCUUGUGCAACCUCGCCCAGACCCUCGUCGACCUCGCCCGUGGCUGGAAUAUGUUUGCUGAAAACUUUAUGAACAUUCGCGUCGUCACCACGUCCACCCCCCUCUUCUUCAUCUCCCUCUUCCUCGGGCUCAUCCCCACCACCAUCACCCAGCUCUUCCUCCUCCGCCGCUCCAUCCUCUUCCUCACCUCCCUCUCCCACCUCUGGCCACGCCUGUCCCAUCCCGUCUCCAAGACACUCUUUGCGGCGCUGAUGCUAGCGGCGAUAGGGACGAGCUUUGUGUCGGGGACGAUCACGAGCGUGUUGACGUAUCGCGUGGGGAUGCUCUGGAGACUUGCGAGUCCGCAGCAAAAAGUCGGACGCUUGUUCCAGACAGUCGAGAUGAUCUGGCUCGGCACAAGCACCGGCGUGGACGGCUGCAUCUCUGGCGUGCUAUGCAUGGAACUGUGGUGGGCGAGGAGCAAGUUGGGUAUCGAAGGCGGGGUCAUGCGUGAAGUCGUCACCAGGCUUAUCUUGGUCACUUGUAACGGCGGUAUGGCCGUAACGGCCCUCCAAGCCAUAUCCCUCCUCCUCUAUCGCUACUCAUCCCACAACGCUUUCUGUUACAUCCCCAUUACCAUCCUACCAAAAGUAUACAACAUAACCCUAAUCCUCUCCCUCGCCCUCCCCCACUCCUCCGCCCAACGCGCAAACCAACCAAACCACGUCUUCUCCCUCCCCACCAUCCUCGACUUUCCCCGUUCGCCUUCCUCCCGCUCCCCACGAAGCCCCAGAAGUCUCCAAAGUCCACAUACGCCAAGAGGGCGAGGAGCGUAUCCUUAUCCGUAUGGAAGAGAGGGAAGGGAGGAGGGAAGGAGUCCGGUCUCGCCGAAAGGCCGGUCGAGCUCGACGCUAACUCUAGGCCCUACCCGACGGCGCGCAGGCCCGGCGGUCGGCGUAGGUGUGGCGGAGAGGGAGAGGGGCGAUGUCGGGAAAGAGAAAGAGAGAUACCCAAGCAUGCGUUAUGCCUUCACUUCGGGUUCGAGCUUGCCUCUGCCCCCAGCGCUUUCUGGCGCAAGAUCCGGCACCGGCGCCGGCUCUGGCUCUGGAGUAGGAAUGGGAGGAGGCGGUGGGGGGAGAAGGACGAGUUCGUGGUUUGAUUUGUCCUCCCGACUGAGGCGAUCUGCCGAUUUUGAGGGCGACAGAGGAAGGGGCGAACAUGAAGAGUGCGCAGGAGCAGGGGGGGGGAGUGGAAUCGGGAGUGGGAGUGGGAGUGCGAGUGGGAGUGGGGAGAGGAGGGGUAGUUCGUGGCAUGGUCCCGAUAUCAACGCUUCAGACGAAUACCGCCGUCGUCCAAGUGAACGCAGUAUCAUCCCCCUCCUCCACUCCCCCGCUUCCGCUUACUCCGCCUCCGCCUCCUACCCCACCCCAUCCUCGCUCUCUUCUUUCCCUUCCCCCAACUCUUCUACGACCUUUUCCUACCCGCUUGGGCUUUAUGAACCACUCAACCUCGUUCCUCCCGCCUUCAGCGACUCGUCCUCUUCCACUAAACGUAAACGCCUCAAAGAAAUGGAAAAAGAAACAGAAAAAGAAAAGGAAAAGGGAAAGGAAGAGGGCCCGGUGGUGUUACCGGACGAUCAUCCGCUCUACCAUCCAGCAUUCACGUUACCGAGCGUACAAGUACCGAAGAAGAGUUUGACGGUGGGGAAAGCGCAUUCGUUUUCGGAUACUGCUUCUUGGGGCGGGGGCGGGGGAUCUUCUCUCUCUUUGUCUCCCGGUGCUGGGUCCGGGCUCGGGCUGGGGCUGGGGAUGGGGCUGGGGAUGGGGAUGGGGAUGGGAGUAGGAGGGAUGGGUGUGGGAGGAGGGAUGGUGGAUUCGCCGCUGCCCUACGUAUACGAGAAAGAAGAAGAUUUCUGGGGACCCCAUCCCCAUCCCCGCCCUCGGCGGCCUUUGAGUGGGCUCGGAGGCUCCGGCAGUGGGGGGGAGGGCAGCGGCUCCGGGGAGGGGACUGGGAGUGGGAGUACGUGGGGUGGGAGUGGGGAUCCGUUAUUGGCACCUUCGUCUUGGUCUUGGUCUUCCCACUCCAACUCCCACUCCAACUCCCACUCCCACUCCCACUCCCACUCUCAUGCCAACUUUCACUCCAACUCAAACUCUCAAUCGUGCGACCGCUCUGCCGCCCAUCCGAACGCGAACGCGAACGCGAACGCUUGUGACCCGAUCGACCCGAUCGACCCGAUCGAAGAAGGGUACGAGAAACAGCCGUCUUGCGCUUCUUCGUCCUCUUCUAUCGCUAUCGCUCAUGAUGACGACGCGCUUGAAUCUGGCACCCGACCAAAGGGCCGAGCGGGAGUAGAGGUCGACGGAGAAGACGAAGAAGAAGAAGAAGAAGAAGAAGAAGGAGGUACCCCACUUCCAGCUACCCAACUCUCUCUCAUUCCUUCCUCGCCAUCCUCGCCAUCCUCACCAUCCUCGCCAUCCUCACCAUCCUCGCCAUCCUCACCAUCCUCUCCAUACUCCCCAUCCUCUCGAUCUUUGCCACUCUCCCGCUCCUCCCACACAAUCUCCACCAACACCCCCAACACCUCGAACUGCCCCAAACGUCUUUCGCUUUCGGGCAGAGCAGCUAUCAUAGCGGAAAAGCGGUCAAAGGAGAUUGGAGAGGAGGAAGAAGAUGGAGUGGUUUGA